UUUAUAACUAUUUCAAGAAGGAUUGGAAAAUUAACUGGUUUUUUCAUUGGUGCGACCGGCGUUUUGAUUGGUUAUGCUUUAUAUAAUCCAUCAUUUCAAGAAGACAUUAAAAAAUAUAUACCACAAUCUCAACAAUUAUUUGAUAAAAUUAAUCAGUGGAUACCUGCAGAGAGAGAAGAAAAGCGAGGUAUAAGUUUUGGCGAAUAUUUUGGAAACGUAUCGAGUGGCGUGAAAAAUUGGAUUUCAAAUGGAAAAAAAACAUCAGAAAAAGAGGGGAAUUCUUUUUUAAAAAUUCCCAGCUUACCACCUUUAGCUAAUUCGAAGAAAGUUUCUGCUGAUGUUGAGCCAGUCGAUAUUAGAAAAGUUCCUAAAGAAAUUAAUGUAAAUGAAUCUUUCCAAGCUAAUGAACGUUUAAAUGAACGUUUAAGUCGGAACAAAGAACUGGAAGAAAAGUUGAAGUCUGCAUUGUCAGCAGCAACUAAUAAAGUACAUAAAGCAUCAGAUGCUAAAUUUCGGACGCUUCCUGAUUGGAACAAAGUUAUUGAUGCAGCCAGUAAAAUCGAACUUAUUAACCAGACAGAUAAAGCAGAAGAAUUCAGUGCUCGAAAUUAUAUAGAUAAUGUUCGAAAAAUUGUCGGUGAUGCGAAGCAGUCAGAAACAACCCAGAACAAUCCUUUGCUUAUUUAUGCAAGUGAAACUGUUCAUAAACUCAACCAACAACUGGAUGAACUUAAUUCGUUAAUCAGUCAAAUGCACAAUGAGAGUAUGUUAUUAAGUCAGUACAAAGACCUUAUCAAAAAAAGCAGACAUGAAUUCGCAAAGGAAUUGAAAAAAAUUCUUCCUCAUAUUGAUACACAUGCUAAAGAUUCAAAAUUAACAGAAGAUGAGUUAAAUGCAUUGAUAGCUCAUGCACAUCUUCGAGUAAAUGAACUCAAAAGACAAUUGGCUGAACAACAGGCAAAGUUUUAUCAUCCAUACAAUUUUUCUUAUAUGAUGCUUUCAUUUUCUAAUUAUCUGUUAAAUUUUUUUCAGGUGCAAGAGGAACGAAAUAUAGCUAAGGCUAUUGAACAGCAACGUAAUCUCGAUAUUCAGCUUGCGGAGGAUCAGCUCACUCGUAAAAUAAAAGAAAUUGCGGAAGAAAGCGAUCUCAAGAUUGAAAAAAAAGUGGCAGAAGAUCGAUUGGCCUGGGAAACAGAAUUAGAAGAUCGAUUAAGGCGAGCAGCGGCUGCUCAUUCCGAACAUCUUGAACAAGUAGUGCGGACGCAAAGGCAACUGUUUGAUAUCGAACAUAAUCAAAAGAUACAGGAAGCCUUGUCACAAGAGCGUGACUUGCAUGGUCGGCAAAUUAAUGUUGCGCAUGGAAGACUGGAAGGGAUUGAAGCAGCAUUAAAAUCGCGGACUGCAGCUGAUUUGGAGACUCGUAGAACGAAACAUAUUUGGAUUGCAUGCCAAAAUCUAGUCGAUUCAGUUAUUUAUGGACGAAGAGGUGGAAUCGACGCAGAAGCGAGGAAGAAGCCAUUAGCAUCAGAGCUUCAAGUAAUCAAGGAAGUUAGCGACGGUGAUGAUUUCGUUUCUUGCUUGCUUGAAGCUUUGUCAAAUGAAUGCAUUUAUGAAGGAGUAUAUACCGAAGAUGACUUAAAAGCUCGUUUCCGAAAGGUAUAUAAACUUUGUCGAAGGGUCUCUAAAAUAGAUGAAAAUGGAGGAGGUCUUGUGCGUUACCUUUGGUCAUAUUUGCAAAAUGCUGUAUCUUUAGAUUUGCCCCAGAAUUUUAGCGAUAUGGAUUUAAUCGAUCCAGCUACAAUAGAUACUAGUGAAAUUUUGGCGCGUACAAAAUACUUCAUGGAUAAAAAUGAUUUGGCUUCUGCUAUACGAAUUGCUCAAUUACUUAAAGGAGAACCGGAAAAUAUCGCAAAAGGUUGGAUAAGAGAUGUUCGUAAACAUUUAGAAGCACGGCUUAUCGCCGAAUUACUCGUUACACAUGCUACAAUCACCAAUAUUCGAGCCGUAUAUUAA